AUGACUGAGAAACAAUUUAUUAUUAACGACAAAUACACUAAAGUUCUAAAAGAUUUUCAGUCGCUAGAUAUAUCAAAGGAGCCUAUUGAUCAAUGUUUUGAUGUUUUGCAUGCUACAGCUGCUUUAUCAGAUUUUAUUGACUCAACAAAAGUUCCAAACAAAAAUUCUCAGAAUCCUCCUGUUGGAUAUACCAUAUUUGAUCUGUUUGAGUCAUUUACUAACUUCUUUACUUUAGAUAUUUUCCUUCCUGACCAACAACAAGCGCUAUUCAUAGCUUUUCUGCCCCUAUAUCAGUCAGUUCUUUGCAGAUAUAUCGAUUCGAGUAUUUAUAAUGCGAGUGAAUACGAUGCUUCUUGGAAAUAUUUCCAAAAAGAGUUUAUUCAGUGCGCGCAAUCGAUAAUGCCUUUCCAAUUCAGGCCUACUAUUUCAGAGCUUCUCACCCAAUGCGAAGGGGUAAAGCCAAUUUCAAUGAAAAUCGUCGAAUACGUUCAAAAUAUGCAUAUCAAGUUAAGUGACUUUGUUCAACACGUUGAUUACGAUGCAAAAUCCGAGCAUUACUUGAAGGCGUACAAAGAAGUCGUCAAAACAAGACAAAAUAUUUUCUCCGUAAUUAAAUCAGACAAAGGAAAGGAUUGGCAGCUUUGUAUCCCUCCUCCCUUUGUUGCAGCAUUUAAGAUUGUCGAGGAUGUCAUACUGAAUUCAUAUAAAUUCACGAAAUUGAAGGAAAUUGUUCAAGCAUUAAAUUCUGUACCAAAAUACAUGCAUUUCCCACAAGAGAAGCAAUCUACAAUACGUGAUGUUUUAAUUACAUCAUCUAAGAUGCUUCUUAUCAUCCUCAGAAAUCUUAUUACGUUCCAAAUUUCGGAAUCUGAGUUUACAACCUUAGAAACGAUCUUUAAUUCCGUCAAUCAGAUUGAAAUAUCCCUGAAAAUGCAUAACGAUAUCGGAAUUGGCGAAAAAUGGGAAAAAUUAUUACAUUCUCUCGAUUUUUCGUUCUUUAACAACAACGUGACAAAAGAACAAGAAGCUCUUGCCAAUAUUAAGUCAUUGGCAUCAUUAUUCUGCAUAAAUUACCCAAGAAUGGCUACAGAUGUGGCCGAGAUCGAAUCUCUUUACAACAACAUCUGUAGUUCGGCCAGGAACAUCUAUUCCUUAAUGAUAUUGUAUUUGUUACUCUCCAGCGCUGCUGUUUCCUCUACAAACAACGAUUUUUCGGUCGCAAUUUUACAAUUUCGUAAAUUAAUCAUUUUCAGGAUUUACUACACGAACAUCAUCUCUAUUACAGAAGGCUGCAUCCCGUUGGCCAUGAAAUUCGCGUCUUUCGGCGGAAAAACAGAAAUAUCAAAAUAUGUUUCAGUUUUAACGUCAGCUUUCGAAGAAAUACAGCAAGCAGGACUAAUAGUUGAUGGUGACUACCAAUACGCGUACACCAGAUACAAAGCUUACCUCAAAUUUAUAAAUUAUUUGGCCAAAUCGAACGAACACGAGGAAGAUAUCAAAAACCUGCUGAGAUUCCAUCCGUCAGUUGAAUACAUAAGCAAAUUCUACAAAUUCGGCGACGAAAUGACGAAUCUUCUUAAUGAUAUCAAAUUAAGACAAGAUAACGCUUCAAUAUUCACUCAGUUCAACAGAUUGAAGUCGUUUAAGAUCGGAUCUCUUCAAUGGAUUGAAUCCGCUUCACUUUUCUUCCAAUUUUCGCUCGGAAGAAUUUUGGAUGCAAAAGAAAUCGUAAAAAGCUAUUCUUCGCUUUUCGAAUAUCUCAAAAUCGUACAUGAAAUAACUACAAUGUAUUGGAGUGAAGAUUUGUCGAAGAAAAUGAUGAGAAUGUCAUCAGAUGGAGUUCCGAAGCAGAAUAUUAUUGUAGAUACUGCUAUUAGUAUUAUUUCGGACUACGAGAAACUGGAUAACAGUAAAUUGGCCGUUUCUGCUUCUAAAAUGAACUUAUAUCUGAUGUAUUCGGAUUUAUUCAACGAACAAGAUGCAGCAAAGCUUAUGUCUGAUAUCCAAGACUCAGUGGUUAUCCAAUCUGACUCUGAAAUCAUCAUCAAAGCAUUCCAAAUGCUCGAUAAGUUUGAUUAUCUCAGAUUUGCUCAUCCUGUUGAAGUAGAUCCUCUUUAUAACGAUCUCAUUGCACUUUAUAAUGCUAUUCUCUUUGAAAAAUUCCCAGAAACAGACGUAAUCGAGUCUAGAACUACAAAAUUAAUUAACGCAAUAAGGAAUUUCGACCAAAAAGUGACAGAGGGAAUUUCCUCGGAAAAAAGUGAACUUUUAGAGUAUAUUCAACAGUACAUUUUAUUGGCAAGACUGAUGAUUACUGUUAAGGAAUGUGACCAAGCAUCAAUAUUGAGGAUGUGCUUCAAUUUCUCCAUUUUAUCCACUUUAAUUAAAGAAUCUGAAAAUUUAAUUCAGUCAGGAAUGAUCAUUGACGAUAAGAUUAGCCAGAUCAAGGAGCUCCAAGAUGAAUCAUCUAAGGCUUUAACGUUAAAUGCCUUCCAAUUCUUCUCUGAAUACGAAAAUUCCGGAAGAUCUUCUGAAUUAAUAAUGAAGUGGAAGUCUUUAGGACCAUUUGUUAACUAUACGAGACUCUAUGGCUGUUUCCAGCAGAAUAGAACCAUUUUGAACACUGUUUCUGGUAAUACAAUGAAACAAUUUUUCGAAAUUGUGGAAGAACUCUUCAAAGAGUUUGUAAUUGUACCAGCAAUGCUUACAUUAUUCAAUAUUAAGAAUACCUUCCACCAACUACUUCUGAAUUGUCAAACAAUUUCUCUUGAAAAUCUCGAAAUUGUUAUUUUCAAGAGAAAAUUGCUGAAAUUCUUUGAAAAAGUGAAAAGUGUCCUGUUUAUGAUGGAUAUUUGUGAAUUGCCUGUGAUUCCUUCAAGCGAUAAAAGUUUCAUCAAAUUAAUAACAGAUUUACAAUGCGCCGGCAUCAGAGGAGAGGCCUACGACCAGGGCAUGAGUAAUUUGACACAAUCCCAUACGAUUUACCUCUUAAGUUUGGCAGAAAACUUAAAUCCUCUGGAUAUCUCAAAAGCUCAUUACGAAAAAAGCCUUGUAGUAAGCGAAAACGCCAAGUUAGACAUCGAACUAACUAAAGAGAAGAUCGCGAAGUACCCAGAAUUGAGUAAAAUGAAGAUAAAAGAAGGUCAAGACGAAUUAGAUCGAUUUAACAAGCAUAUGAAGGAAAUCAAAGAGAAGGAAAGCCACGCCAGGCAAUUAGUAGAAGAACUGAAGAUGAGAACAGACGAAUUAAAGCAGGAAAAGGAGAAAUAUAAACUAAAUGAAGGCGAAAAUAAUGAUCUAAGCGUACCGCAUUUCGAUAAUGAGAUGUCUUCCGUCAUCUCUUUAUUGCUAAGAGAUGAAGAAUUCGCUCAGCCGAGAACUCAAGCUGAUUUCAUCGCAGAACAGUUACAAGAAGCCUUAAGGACAAAUCUAAGGCUCAAGAAGUCUAUAGCUGUUCACUCGUUCCCACAUGAAAAGGCUGUUUUCACACCAACAGAGUUCGCCGCUGUAAUCGAAAAAUUUUCAGGUCCAACCGCCAAAGUGUCACCUUUUACAACUCAACGAGCUAACGAAAGUGCCGCAUUAAGACAGCAAUUGAGGGACUUGCAUACUGAGAGAGGCCAAGCGUUUAGAGCCAUAAUUAAGGAGACACAAAAAGCCGGUUUCGCUCCGAAAAGAAAAUUCAAUUCUGAAACUUAUUACGACAAGAUGAAAGGUCUGAAUACACGUGGUAUCUUUGAUGGAAGCUCCAGAAAGAACCAGAAGGAACAAUUCCUCGAAUUUACUGAAAUUUCGGAUCAAUUUUUACUCGAAGUUUCUGCUGAGAUCGAAGACCUCGAACAAGAGAUCAGAGACCUAGAAGCAGGAAAAGCUCCGGAAACUCUUGACAUGGAUGCAAAAACUCAAGUAUUGAGAACUAAAUUAAGUUCUCAAUUGAGUUCUUCAAUGCAAGAAACUAACGAAUAA